AUUAAAAGUACGAAAGGGGAAGAAGACUCGAAGAGGUUCUCUUUGUUUGGGCUUCGGACAAAGAUUAAGUGAACACUCAAAAGAAUAAAAAUCACAAAUUUCUUGGUUAAAACUUGUUUUGCGUGAAGAAGAGACCUAUCAUCAUCAUCAUCAAGUGACCCUAAAGGUAUUUGCUUUCAAUUCAAAGUGGCGGUAACUGGUUUAAGGUGAAUCUGUGUGCUUUACCCACUUCGCGUCAUUCAAAGAAUCAAAGCUCUUCUCUCUCUUUCCAACUUCAAUUCCCUUGAUUCCAUGGCCAUCUCUGUAACGCUUUGAAUUACUAAAGUCCCUAAAUUUCCGAUCUUUUCGUCUUUGUCUCCCCUGUUUCGCGAGUUUCUGUUGAGUUUGUGUCAAAACCCUAAUUUUGACUUCAGCCCUAAUUCGAUUCUGGUUUCACACUCAUAAAUUUCGAAGCUUUCCGUGUUUUUGAUUCGCAUGAGGAUUUGAGUAAGCAAGGAAAAAGAUGUCAGUGGAGAGAUCUAUUGAAGCUUGGGAAGAGGUUCAACGACAUGGGCAAGACUUAGCUGAUCGACUUGCUCAAGGUUUUACAGGUUUGAUUCAGAUAAACCCACCUUCGUUUCCAUGGCCGCCUGUCGUUACAGAGAUGAACCUUCACAAGGCAAAACUGUUCGAUAUCGAGUUCCCAAGUCAACAUUUCAGUGUUAUUAAGGAUUCUAGUUUUGGUAUUAUUAAUCAACCAAUCAACGGUGUCUCUGCGAUUCUCGAUAUUGGGAAUAAGAUUGGUCAAGCUGGUGUUGAUUUUGGUGCUGGAUUGAACGUUAUGGUUCAGCAGUUCUUUAGGAGGUUGCCUUUGCCUAUACCGUUCCUGCACGACGGGAAUAACAACCUUGUUGUCUCUGUGGAGAGUGAAAGGAGCCAUAUGGCUUAUGUGAACACAAAAGGUGAUUUGGGAUUGGCUGCAGAACGGUUGAGGGAUUCAGGGUUUUCUAAAACAGAUGAUACUGCUUCUGUUACUAUGUCUGAGGAGGAAGUUGCUGAUUCCUAUCUAAGAACGGCUGGAUUGCUUGGAAAAUCGAAGGGAACAAUUGAUAUGUCAUCAAGUUAUGACAGUAGGACAAAUGGUAUGGAACAUUCACUGGCAGCCAGAGGAGACCUCUGGAGGGUAGAAGCUUCACAUUCGAGUUCUACUGCAAGCGAUGGAAAUUCGUCUCUCUUUCUUCUCCAGCUUGGACCACUCCUCUUUCUACGCGAUUCAACGCUUCUUUUACCGUUACACUUGUCAAAACAACACUUGCUCUGGUAUGGAUAUGAUAGGAAGAAAGGUAUGCAUUCACUCUGUCCAGCUAUAUGGUCAAAGCAUCGAAGGUGGCUUAUGAUGUCAAUGCUCUCUCUCAAUCCUUUAGCUUGUUCAUUUAUGGAUUUGCAAUUCCCAAACGGGCAGUUGACAUAUGUAUCUGGCGAAGGACUGACGAUAAGUGGUUUUGUGCCUUUCUGUGGCGGUCUUCUUCAAGCACAGGGCCAAUAUCCAGGAGACAUGAGAUUUAGUUACUCUUAUAAGAAUAAAUGCGGAACCCGAAUCACACCAAUGGUACAUUGGCCUGACAAAUCAUUUGCUUUGGACCUUGCUCAACCCUUGGCUUGGCGUAGAUCUGGACUACUGAUGAAACCGACAGUUCAAGUCAGUGUAUGUCCCACAUUCGCUGGAAGCAAUCCCGGGAUCAAAGCAGAAGUUAUUCACUCGUUGAGGGAUGAUUUGAAUCUGAUAUGCGGCUACGCGCUCAACGCACAUCCUUCAGCAUUUGCCUCUGUAUCUUUGGGUCGGUCGAAAUGGAAUGGGAACAUUGGACGAACGGGAAUAGUUGUUAGAGCUGAUACUCCACUUGCAAGUAUUGGCCAGCCUUCUUUCUCUGUCCAGUUUAAUAACGCUUUCGAGUUCUGAAUCUUUCCGCAAUAAUCACAUAGAAAGAUUACAGUUUACAUGUACAUAUGUUCGAAAAGACUGUUUUUCCCUUCGGUAACUUUUGUAUAUGGUAGUUUACUACUCAGUUAACUCACAAGUCUGUGUCUCUGUAAGUCUGGCAGAUAUUUUCACCACGUUAAAGAUUACAGUUUCACAUUGCUUGGUUU